UUCUUCACAAUCUAACAACACCAUUAUUGAAGCUUUCAUUACAACCAUUCCACAAAUCUCAUCUCUCACUUCACAGUCUCUCUCUCUCUCUCUCUCUCUCUCUCUCUCUCGGGAGCUUGCAGAGAUGGGAUCGGUUUCACUGAAGAUAGGCGAUGGAACAGCCAGAUUCAAAAGAGCAACUCUCUGUUCUUCAGCUGUAAAUGUCCUCAUGCUCUUCUCUGUCCUCACUACUAAUCUCUUCGCUUUGUAUGCUUUCACUUCCUCCCCAAAUCCCCACCCACUUCACCACUCUCACAAGAACAUCUCUCUCAUCUCCGAACAAGUCUCUCUCAUCCUCAGAGAGAUCGAUUCUUCUCAGAAAAAGCUUGCCCAGAUGGAGAAAGAGCUUCUCGGCUACGAAAGCAUCGAUCUUUCACGACCCAACAUCGCAAACGAGCUCAAACUCUUCCUCAAACAACACGAGCUUCCACUUGGCAAAGAUUCAAGGACUGGGAUCACUGAAAUGGUGGCCUCUGUGGGUCAUUCUUGUGAGAAAUCUGUGGAUUUGCUCUCUCAGUACAUAAAUUACAAAGUCAAUGGUCCUUGCCCAGACGAUUGGAGCCUUGCCCAGAAGCUGAUUUUGCGAGGAUGUGAACCAUUGCCCAGAAGGAGGUGCUUUGCAAAGUCAAUACCCAAAAUAGGUUUGUACUCUUUUCCAAUUUCUCUUUGGAAGAAUGUUAGUGAUAGGAUCAUGAACUGGAGUGGACUUGGUUGCAAGAAUGUACAGUGUUUGAUUGGUAAGAAAUUGAAUAGAGAUUGUGUCGGUUGCUUUGAUUUGGUUAAUGGGUAUGAGAAUCAGAGAUAUGUUAAGCCUAGAGGCAAGAAUGAUUUCCUUAUUAAUGAUGUUUUAGCUUUAGGAAGUGGUGGAAUUAGAAUUGGGUUCGAUCUCGGUGGUGGGUCUGGGUCCUUUGCUGCAAGAAUGGCAGAGAAGAAUGUGACUGUUGUCACUGCCACACUGAAUAUUGAUGCUCCAUUUAGCGAAUUCAUUGCUGCAAGAGGGAUUUUCCCUCUGUAUUUGAGUUUGGAUCACAAAUUCCCAUUUUACAAUAACUUGUUCGAUUUGGUUCACGCUGGGAGUGGAUUGGAUGUUGGGGGUCGCCCGGAGAAAUUGGAAUUCUUGAUGUUUGAUAUUGAUCGGAUUUUGAGGGCCGGUGGGCUGUUUUGGUUGGACAACUUUUAUUGUGCCAGUGAUGAAAAGAAAAUGGCUUUAACCCGGUUAAUCGAACAGUUUGGGUACAAAAAGCUGAAAUGGGUUGUGGGAGACAAGGGGAAUGGGUCUGGGAAACCAGAGGUUUAUUUAUCUGCUGUUCUACAGAAACCAGUAAGAGUAUGAUGACUAUGAACUUGCUUUUGAGGUAAGAAUACUGUUAUUAGGUCUAGUUUUUGUCACACUGAAUUUGUGUGAGUUCAUUACUUAACAUCCUCAUGGAAUUUCUUUGCAAUGCCCAAUAAGUAAAGUUCAUUGGUUGUUUAUUUUCCCUGAUGUAAACCAAAAGCAUAGGAUGAUGGUUUGUUUGCAAUUAUAAAUUGUAAUAUUUUCUGUUCUGUAAUGGUAUGUCUCCCUUCUUUGGAUAAUGAUGAACCAUUAGGGAUUGUGAAAACAAGUUGUAUUCUAAAAUUUAUGAAGUCAUUUGAUUUUAAAAGUUUUAGCA